CGCGGAGCUGGGGCUGCCGCUGUCAUGGACGCUUGGGUCCGCUUCAGUGCUCAGAGCCAGGCCCGGGAGCGGCUGUGUAGGGCUGCCCAGUAUGCGUGCUCCCUUCUUGGCUAUGCACUGCAGAGACAUGGGGCCAGUCCUGAGUUACAGAAACAGAUUCGACAACUGGAAGGUCAUCUGAGCCUUGGGAGAAAGCUUCUACGCCUGGGUAACUCAGCAGAUGCCCUUGAGUCAGCCAAAAGAGCUGUGCACCUAUCAGAUGUUGUCCUGAGAUUCUGCAUCACUGUUAGUCACCUCAAUCGAGCCUUAUACUUCGCCUGUGACAAUGUCCUGUGGGCUGGAAAGUCUGGACUAGCUCCUCGUGUGGAUCAGGAGAAGUGGGUCCAGCGUUCAUUCAGGUACUAUCUGUUUUCCCUUAUUAUGAAUUUGAGUCGUGAUGCUUACGAGAUUCGUCUGUUGAUGGAACAAGAGUCUUCAGCUUGUAGCCGGCGACUGAAGGGUUCUGGAGGAGGAGUCCCAGGAGGAAUUGAAACUGGGGGGCCUGGGGGACCAGGGAAUCCAGGAGGAGGCCUACCCCAACUGGCUGUGAAGCUUCGGCUCCAAGUUCUGCUCCUGGUUCGAGUCCUUCGAGGUCAUCCUCCCCUUCUGUUGGAUGUUGUCAGAAAUGCCUGUGAUCUCUUCAUUCCACUGGACAAACUAGGCCUCUGGCGCUGUGGCCCUGGAAUUGUAGGGCUUUGUGGCCUUGUGUCCUCUAUCCUGUCUAUUCUCACUCUAAUCUGUCCCUGGCUACGACUCAAGCCCUGACAUUCUGGUACGGUGUAAGGAGGGGACCUGAACUGGUGAGAUGGAAUCUUAGAUCGUUCCCCAUGUACCAGCCUUAUUCUAAUUGUACUUCUUGGUGAAAGGUAAAAUCCAGAGAUUUAGGGGUUGAGGGAGGAGCUUUGAGGAAGAUGAGGUGAAGAAAGGUGACUUGUGAACCAAUGGGAUGAUUUUGAUACCCAGAUUUGUCUGAGCUUUUGUUCUUUUCCUCUUUCCUUGUCUGUGUCUCUCUUAGCUCUUUUUACUUGGUCUCUCUGAAGUCUGUUUAAGAUUCUGUCUCUAUGCAUUUCUCUUUUCACUUUCUCAGUCCCCUGUCCAGGAAUUUAAUCAGCAGAAUUACUUUUUGUUAAGGGAAGUAUAAGAUUUGGUCUGUAAGAUCCUAACUGCCUUCUUUUUUCUCACAGACAUGACUUGGGGCAGAUUUUUCCUCCUUCAAACUCCAAAUUAUAAUUUUUAAUACUUUAUGUCCCCAUGGACUCUUCCCUCAUAUCUCUGCCCCACAGGUUGUUUGAUGCUUCUUCCUCCUCCCUCAUGUCUACCUCACCAGUCUCCCUCAUGAUUUUGCUGUUACCCUUCCAUCUACUCACACGUUCAGAUUUCUGCUUACACUUUGAUUUCAGAGCUUUGUUCCCUACCCUGUUCUUACCCCUUCUUUGCCUAUACAGAAUGAUGCCGUGUCUAGCAUCUUGCUGUAAAUACUGUACAGUGAUUCUGUGUAAAUAGCUGUGGCCUGUGCCCACAAUGGAAAGCAAGCCUUCCAGGUCAGCAAAUUAAAGAUCGAUUUGCUCAUUAA